CAAGGAACUCGUGCGGCGUCUCAAGCAGCUGGAAGGGAGAGCCAAUAGAUGAAGGAUCGCGAGCGGAGUUACUAGUAGUAGUUUGGCUGCAGUUCCUUGUCGGAGCGGAUACCCGUGAGCAUGUUUUCUAACGCGUUCAGCCCGUACUACCUGCACGUGUGGCCGGCGGGCUACCCCGCAGGUUUCCCCGCCGCCCAGCAGGUCAAGAAGCCGACGCCGUUCUGCAUCGCGGACAUCUUGAGCGUGGACAUGGCGGAGGCGGCGCGCGCUGCGGCCCAGGCGGUGGAACACCCCAGGCCCGGUGCGCGCCCUCGGCAGGCCGCCCACAGUCCUGGGGCCGCGCCCGAGGCCAGACCCGCCCCUCCCGUGCGAAGCGCAGACCUGAAGUUUGGCGUAGACAGGAUACUUUCCACGGAGUUCGGCGGAUCCAGUGAGAAAGUUACAGGUCUGACGGCUCUUGCAGCAGCAGUAGCGCAGUCCCAGCCGGCCCGAGGCGGCCUGUGUUACGGCGCGUCCCGCCAGCUGCAGCCCGGCGUCCCAGCGGCCUCGCACCCCGGCUACCCGCCGUACUUCCCAGCGGCUCCCGGCGCCGACGUGCUCCCAGGUAGGCGCACACAGAAGAACCCCGCCUGUGGUCGGUGGUCCAACAGGCUCCACACCGACUUGUACUAUCCCGGCUUCUGCGACCCACAGGACACGCUAGCAUACGGUCCGUACGCCAUCCUGAACGCGGAGUCCCAGCAGAACUCCCAGCCGAAGAGGAAGCGGACCUGGUCUCGGGCCGUGUUCUCCAACCUGCAGCGGAAGGGUCUGGAGAAGCGCUUCGACAUCCAAAAGUACGUCACCAAACCGGACCGCAAGCAGCUCGCCUCCAUGCUGGGCCUCACAGACGCACAGGUGAAGGUUUGGUUCCAGAACCGGCGGAUGAAGUGGAGAAACGCCAUGAAGGAGAAGGAGCGGCAGGAGCGGGAGAAGGUGGCGGGGGACAAGCCCGACCCGUGCGGGGAGGAACUCGCGGGGACGCGGGGAGAACACGACGACGACGACGACGUCAGCGUGGCGGACACCGACGGCAAGGACGAGGACGAUUACGUCAUUGACGCAGAGUGUCUAGAUGAUGAUGAGGAUUCUCCGGACACGUCAGUAGAACAUGUGAACCCGGACUGUGCCGCGAGUGGCGCAGGGAAAACGGAACAAACAACAAGUCAUCCGGAGUUGAAUGGCUCGGCCGAUGUGCCUUACGGACAAUAGCGACUUCUUGGUCUCACAAAUAAGUGCCGGCAAGAAACUGUAUCCAAGGUAGCCAGCAUAAGUGCCAACAAGAGCCUGUAUUUAGUGUAUUGUACUGUAUUGUAUAUAAUAUGGCCGUAAGUGCCGAAAAUUGACUGUACAUACAAUGGCUAUAUUAUGUGUGGAUGUACCAAAAUGACUAUUAUUCUAUCAAUUAUAAAUGCCAGUAAGAGAAUUUCUUUAUUUAACACGCCUUUCUAUCCUUAAUACGUGCCAACAUGUGACUGGAUCCAACAUGGUCAUUAUAUUAGUGUUCGUAGUUAACUAUUAGUAAUUGUAUCCAACAUGGCCAGAAAUGCCUUUGUACACACGACAAGUGACGUCCCAGUGGCCAUUAUGUAAGUGCCUAAAAGUGCUGGUAAUCCCGGCAUCCACAAUGGCCAUUAAUAAGCGACUAUAUCCAGUAAUUACAGCAGAGUCGCUGCCUUUGACGUCCCUCCGGGUCUCAGAACCGCGCCGAGGACCGAGCCACGGAGCUGAAGGUUGCCGUCACCUGUUCAAUUAGCCUCGGACCUGGUCUGUGUACGGCCGCACGGCCGGCUCCUUCGGGACCGUUUCCACAUUUUCAACCGAAUUUCAACUAUUUCUACAGCCGUUUUCUGCAUAACGUCACCACAUCAUUACUUCAGGUUGUCAGAAGGCGGCAUGUAAUUACUAAAGGUAAACUCAGCACUCCCGAAGUGCCUAAUCAGCAGGCAGAUAUGAAACAUCGUGCCGGCUUCGCGAUCGGCCUGCCCUUCCGACGUUUUCGGACAUAAGACAUCGGGGUCGUCCUUGAAACGUCAUGUCAGACGUCAGGCAUGCACCAGAAUACUGAUUCAUCAAAAUCUGCUUGCUCAUCCUCCUCAGAUCUACAGCAACACAUUACUGUAGAUUUCUAGAGAAAGCGCUGAAUGUUUGUCACGAAUCUAUCAUUUGCAACAUAGUGUGGCAGCGUCACGAAGUGCAUUUGAAUGUACGAUCACAAUCUAGGGCAUUCUUGGAUAGUCGUGCAUGUAUCAUACAAAAUUCAGCUGUCUGCUUGGUUACGGAAAACGCUAUCAUUGCCAGUGGUUGGUUUGAUUGAAAAUCCUACUACAUAGAAAUCGUACGACGUUUUAUGGCAAAUGUACCUGCGUCGUCAUCAACUUCACAUUAGUCUGUAAGCAGAUGUGUGACACCUGCGUGUUUUGUACGUCUUAUUGAGUUCCUUCAUUAUGUCUAAUGAUCGGUGCGGCGAACAGAGACGUAAAAAAGCUCAUGGACAUAGACCGAGUAAAACAAGCCGUAGUCGCAAAUAUGCUUCGAGAUUAACCUAUAGGACAACUUAAGCCAAUUACGAAACGAUCCCAGCAGUGGGCUGUAGAGUCACGAGUCGAUAAGAAAAGUAGGAAAGACGCAAAACUCCGUGCCUCGUGCCACCUUGUACAGCUAGACUUGUCGCAACGGCUGUUAGCCUUGAAAGACCCAACGGUACCAUUAUACAUACUGUAGAAAAUAUACAGCAAAUAGCCUAGAUAUCUCUG